AAUCAUCUCGGACGAAAAGAAGUGUUAUUUGCUUAUAAAAUGGUGUUGAUAGCAGCCGCUGUUUGUACGAAAGCGGGGAAAACAAUCGUUUCCCGGCAGUUCGUAGAAAUGACGAAGGCCCGCAUAGAAGGACUGUUAGCUGCGUUUCCGAAGCUAAUGACCUCUGGUAAGCAGCACACAUUUGUCGAGACGGAUUCUGUGCGUUACGUUUAUCAACCCCUGGAAAAGCUGUACAUGCUGCUUAUCACGACGAAAGCGAGCAACAUUCUGGAGGAUUUGGAGACGCUCCGGCUUUUCUCGAAGGUAAUUCCUGAGUACUGCAGAUCGCUGGAGGAGAAAGAGAUCAUCGAAAAUGCUUUCGAUUUGAUCUUUGCUUUUGAUGAGAUCGUCGCACUAGGGUAUCGUGAAAGCGUUAACCUAGCGCAGAUAAAAACCUUCGUUGAGAUGGAUUCGCACGAGGAGAAGGUUUAUCAGGCGGUGCGACAAACACAGGAACGAGAGGCGAAGCAGAAGAUGCGUGAACGGGCAAAGGAAUUGCAGCGUCAACGUAUGGAGAUGAAGAAGGGACAGUCGGGUGGGCGCGGUAUUGGAGGUGGCAGCGGUCCGGAAGGAUUUGGCCACAGGUUUAGCAGCAGUGGGGGCAUUUCGAGUGAUAGCAUUUCAUCGCUUAGCACACCGUCGUCCAACAUCGCUGAAAUCAACAAACCAGCUCCGGCAGCAGCGAAGGCAACUGCUCCUCGAAAUGCGCUAAAACUUGGUGGAAAAUCCCGUGAUGCCGAUACAUUCGUGGAUCAGCUGAAGAACGAAGGUGAAAAGGUAGUUUCCACUCCGCUACCAACUGCAGCAGCAUCGGCCGCAGCAAAAGCAAAGCCUAUUUCGGAUGUCCCAAUGGAUUCCGUCCAUUUACGAAUGGAGGAUAAGGUUGUUAUUCGCAUUGGCCGCGACGGUGGCGUACAAACGUUCGAGUUGUCGGGGUUGCUUUCGUUGCGUAUAUCAGAUGAAAAGUUCGGCCGUAUCAAAGUUCAGCUGGACAACGCAGAUCAGCGGGGAAUCCAGUUGCAGACGCACCCGAAUGUGGACAAAGAAUUGUUCCGUAGCGUGAACCAGAUAGGGUUGAAAAAUCCCGCCAAGCCAUUCCCGCUCAACACGGACGUUGGUGUGCUAAAGUGGCGUUAUCAGACGCAGGAUGAAUCGGCCGUCCCAUUGACAAUUAACUGUUGGCCUUCCGAAAAUGCAGAAGGCGGUUGUGAUGUCAACAUUGAGUAUGAACUGGAGCACACACGAUUGGAACUACAAGACGUUUGCAUUACGAUUCCACUACCAAUGGGUAUUACUCCAUCAAUUGCCGAGUGCGACGGUGACUAUAACCACGAUUCACGAAAGAAUCAGCUGCUGUGGAACCUGCCGGUGAUUGAUGCUUCCAGCAAACAGGGUUCGAUGGAAUUCACAGUACCAAGCUCAAUUCCGGGUGACUUUUUCCCGCUCGAUGUGACAUUCUCGUCCAAAAUUCCUUACGCCGAUUUGGCUCCCGUCAAGGUGGUUAUGGUGGAUGACGGUAGCGAAGUAAAGUUUUCUACCGAAACCGUUUUUUACACUGAUAAGUUUGAGAUAGUAUAAACUGCCUUUCGGCAAGUUCGGUGAGGUUAGCGUUACGCUACGAUACACAUACAUUUCUGCUUACAUUUGAUGCCGCGAUUCCACAGUAGAGACAGGGAUAUAUAGAACAGUUUAGCCGUUAAGCAGUAAGCAUACGUCUCCAGCAGAUAUGCAGUGCCUGUAUACAGGGCUCCAAUGAUAGUUUGUAUUCCAUUAUGUACCGACGUCAUGCUGCUAGAACGUGCCCGAGGAUGCAGCGUUGGAGCUUAGAUUAUGUUGUUUUUCUCCUUUUUAUUAUCAAGUGCAUAUAUAUCCUCUAUUUUGUAUGUUAUUCUUUUAAUGCAACCAAUUCAAAAAGAAAUCCAAUUAUAGAGGGGAUAUAUUCUAUAUUAGCAAAGCUGUAAUAUGGCAAAUUACUAACGCAAACACGUGCAUGUGAAAAUGUUAAUCCAAACAUGAAUAUGAUAAAUAAAUUAAAAUAAU